AUGAGCCUCAACAGACUAUCUUCCGAAGAGAUCGGCCAUGCCGUCAUUGACGCUGCCACCAUUGUCGACCAUCGAAAGACUCUAGAUAUCGGGUUUCCCGAUAUUAGCGACGCUUUUACCGCUGACAGCUUGAACAAUUACGAAGUCGCCGCCGAUACCAACGUGCAGUCCAUCGUCUUGAAGCACGCUUUUACUAUGCCACCCUCGCUGCUUCAACCAUUGCAACAAAACCGUGCAGCAAAGGCCGGCAUUUUGACGGACAUUAACAUGUUGUACUUCAUUAUUGGCAAUCAACUUUAUCUGUGGGAUUAUGUUGAACGGACCGAAGCAAAAAUCUAUGAAGAUGCCUCCGAAAUUGUCAACGUCGCAGUCGUUAAGCCCAAAGCCAACAUUUUCAACGACGAGGUCUCCCAUGUUCUCGUGGUAGCCACCAAGCGCGAUAUUAGCUUGGUAGCGUUGUCUUUCAAACGUGACGCGGGAAACAACAGUCAAGUUACAUUUUACCGCAGUGGCAUUAGCACAUCUUCCAGUGGAGUUCAAAUGGUAUCCAUUAUCGGUAACCAGCUCGGUCGUAUCUUCAUGUUAGGCGAUGACGGCAAUGUGUGGGAGCUUGAAUACAAGCAAGAGGAAGGUUGGUUCACCAAUCGAUGCUUCAAACGAUUACACCCAACGGUUUCGACUUUAUCCUUCUUUAUGAGAUCCUACCAUGAUCCAUGUGUUGCCAUUGCUCUCAAUGAAACGGGCGACGUUCUUUACCAGCUGUUCAACAGUUCCCAUAUUCAAGUGACUUACCUCGGCAAGGACCAAACCUCGUUUAUCAAUGUCGCCAAACAUACGAAUAUCGCUCACGAAUCGAACCUGAUGUGUCCAAACUCACCUUUACUCGAUAAUGCUCAAUUUAAAAUCAUAUCCAUUCAUCCGACUCUGGAAUCCAAGAAAUACCAACUCGUGGCCAUCACAUCGACGGGCUGCAGAUUAUAUUUUACUCAAUACAAGCGUACAUCCAAUCCUAGCGACGGUCCAACUACUUUGGAAUUAAUUCACGUUCGCACGCCUCCAACAAAUAAUUUGCAACAGAAUUCAGCGACACCGACUUCCGUAUCUUCAAACGCGGGGCCGUCACCUCAAGUAGUAGGAAAGACACUGUACAAAGAUGGAGUGUUGUUAUUGGUCAACAAAAUCAAUGGAGAAGAGCGAUUAAUAUCUGCAUGUCCUGAUAUUGGCCGCUUGGCGAAUUUGGGUGCACGAGCCGGUCUCGCGGAAUUCAGCAGCAAUAUCAAACUCGAAGGAGAUAUUAUUGCCAUGACCGAACUGGCGGGCCCCGGAUCAAGUAUCAAUGAACUUGCUGCGGCGCCAAGCAGUCGCGCGCGACAUUUCUUAGUGUUUACCACUACUACUGUGAAUGUGCUCAUGAAACAACGACCCGUCGAUAUGCUUCACAAUCUGUUGAUGAGCACUGGAACCGACAUCCGAGCUCGUAUGCAAGAUUUCCAGUUCUUCUUUAAUCACUUUGGCCCCGUAUUUUCAUGCGCGUUAUGUUUCGAUAUUGUAUCGAGCACCGUCACCGAGUUACCCAGCGGAGUGGAUCUCACCGCCAACCCUCCUGUCUCGGCAUCACUUGUCAAGGGAGCCACGGAGCUGCUCGCCAGAUUCGGAUCCAGCAUUUCCAUGUUUAGGGAGAGCACAACACAAUCAUUUACGAGCCGACAUGACGGCUUGGCCCUUUACAUCCAUCGAUUAAUCACACCGGCUUGGUUGCGAACUAUCGUGUCUACUUCUCCUAAUGGACAGUAUAUCAGCACCCUUCCUCGAAAGAAUUUGUUGACGUUACAAGCAACUUUGUCCAGACUCCAUGAAUUCUUACAAUUGAGUGGUGUGGCGGAUCCAUUACUCAACGCAAGAACAGCAGAAGAACAGUCGCUAUGGGAACAGUAUAUUUUCAUCGCUUUGGUGUCAGAAACUUUGACCUUUUUAUUAUAUCUUCUUGAUAACGACCCAUCCAAGUUAGUGCAAAGCUUGAGUACCAAGGCGCUUACGGCAUUUAGAUCAAUUACAUUGAAAGACUUAUUGACGACCUCUGAAGGACGAUCACUAUGCUGCGAAUUGGUCAAAGCUUUGGAGAAGGAACAUCUUGCAAAGUACGGCAACGCAGAUCUUGUUCACGAUGUCUUGCAAAGUCAUUGCAGUAACUUUUCCAAGCUUGCGAAAUAA